CCGGAAGUGUCUCCCUUCUCUCCCCCUGGUGGUAAAAUGGCGGUUGCAGAUUGUGAGAUGCCCAUGGCUCCCGAGUCGGAGGUGAUGAGCGAAGAGGAGAUGGAAAGGGAAGCAGAGGGCUUUAAAGAACAAGGAAAUGCCUUUUACAUCAAGAAAGAUUACUCUGAAGCAUUCAACUUCUACACAAAAGCCAUCGAUGCAUGCCCCAAAAAUGCAAGUUACUAUGGGAACAGAGCCGCCACCCUGAUGAUGCUGAACCGCCACUGGGAGGCGCUGGAAGAUGCACAGCAGGCUGUCCGGAUGGACGACAUGUUUGUGAAGGGUCACCUCCGGGAAGGGAAGUGUCACCUGUCCCUUGGGAACGGCAAAGCAGCCAGCCGCUCCUUCCAGAGGGUUCUAGAACUGGAGCUGGAUAACGCUCAGGCACCGUCAGAGUUGAAAAAUGCCAACGCUGUUCUGGAAUACGAGAGAAUGGCAGAGAUUGACUUUGAAAAACGGGACUUUAGAAAGUGUGUGUUCUAUAUGGACCGUGCGUUGGAGUACGCCCCUGCCUGCCACAGAUUCAAAAUCCUCAAAGCAGAGUGCUUAGCCCUGCUGGGGCGCUACCCUGAAGCGCAGUCAGUGGCCAGCGAUAUUUUGCGCAUGGACGCUACGAAUGGGGAUGCUCUGUAUGUGAGGGGGCUGUGUUUGUACUACGAAGACUGUAUUGAAAAAGCAGUGCAGUUUUUCGUCCAGGCUCUUCGCAUGGCGCCAGAUCAUGAGAAAGCCCGGCUGGCCUGCAGAAAUGCCAAAGCUUUGAAAUCCAAGAAGGAAGAGGGAAAUAAUGCCUUCAAAGACGGCAAUUAUGAAGCCGCGUAUGAACUGUACUCGGAGGCACUGACCAUAGACCCCAAUAACAUUAAAACAAACGCCAAACUCUACUGUAACAGGGGGACCGUGGGUUCAAAGCUAAAAAAAUGUGAUCAAGCAAUAGAAGACUGUACAAAUGCAAUAAAACUGGAUGAAACCUACAUCAAAGCAUAUUUGAGGCGAGCUCAGUGUUAUAUGGACACAGAACAAUAUGAAGAGGCUGUUCGGGAUUAUGAAAAAGUUUAUCAGACGGAGAAAACAAAAGAGCACAAGCACCUUCUAAAGACUGCCCAACUGGAACUGAAGAAAAGCAAACGAAAUGAUUACUAUAAGAUCCUGGGUGUGGAUAAAAACGCUACAGAUGACGAGAUUAAGAAAGCCUAUAGGAAGCGAGCGCUCAUGCACCACCCAGAUCGUCACAGUGGAGCCAGUCCGGAGAUGCAAAAGGAAGAAGAAAAAAAGUUCAAAGAGGUGGGAGAAGCUUUUACUGUUCUCUCGGAUCCCAAGAAGAAAGCCAGAUAUGACAGCGGGCAGGAUCUAGACGAGGAGGGCAUGAACAUGGGCGAUUUUGAUGCUAACAAUAUCUUCAAGGCAUUCUUUGGAGCUCCAGGUGGCGGCUUCAGUUUCGAAGGUAAUUCAUCUUCCGGUCCUGGUAAUUUCUUCUUUCAGUUUGGUUAAAUAAAUAAAUAAAUAAAUAAAUAAAGCAGCUUUCUGCGUUCCGUUUCAAAACUUCUGAAGACUCGUCCUUCCUCCAAGUUUGAAUGUACUCCUGUUUUCAGUUGGUAUACCUCUGUAUUUGUGCAUACAUAUGAAGAAAAAAGUCAUCUUAAAAUAUGGGAAGACAAAAAGAAAAAACACAUGGCCUCUUUGUUUUGUUUAUUUAAAAAAAAAAAAAAAA